AUAAUGCCUGACGCUCGAGGUGCUGGUGUACCAGGGCCUGCACAGUCCCGGUGCGGAGCGGGAGCCGAGCGGAGGGGGAGAGAUGGCGUCUCAGCCUCCUCCUCCCCCGAAACCCUGGGAGACCCGCCGGAUUCCAGGAGCUGGGCCGGGACCGGGACCCGGCCCCACUUUCCAAUCUGCUGACUUGGGUCCUGCUUUAUUGACAAGGCCUGGACAACCAACACUUACCAGAGUGCCCCCACCUAUUCUUCCAAGGCCAUCACAGCAGACAGGAAGCAGCAGUGUGAACACUUUCAGACCUGCAUAUAGUUCAUUUUCGUCUGGAUAUGGCACCUAUGGAAAUUCAUUUUAUGGAAGCUAUAGUCCUUAUAGUUAUGGAUAUAAUGGGUUGGGCUAUAACCGCCUCCGUGUAGAUGAUCUUCCACCCAGUAGAUUUGUUCAGCAAGCUGAAGAAAGCAGCAGAGGUGCAUUUCAGUCCAUUGAAAGUAUUGUACAUGCCUUUGCCUCUGUCAGUAUGAUGAUGGAUGCUACUUUUUCAGCUGUUUAUAACAGUUUUAGGGCUGUAUUGGAUGUAGCAAAUCACUUCUCCCGAUUAAAAAUACACUUUACAAAGGUUUUUUCAGCUUUUGCAUUAGUUAGGACUAUAAGAUAUCUUUAUAGACGGUUACAGUGGAUGAUGGGUUUAAGAAGAGGCUCUGAGAAUGAGGACCUGUGGGCAGAAAGUGAAGGAACUGUGGCUUGUCUUGGUGCGGAGGACCAAGCAGCUAACUCAGCAAAAUCUUGGCCAAUAUUUUUGUUUUUUGCUGUUAUCCUCGGAGGUCCUUAUCUCAUCUGGAAACUUUUAUCUACCCACAGUGAUGAAGUAACAGACAACAUCAACUGGGCAAAUGGUGAGGAUGACCAUGUAGUUGCUAGAGCAGAAUAUGAUUUUGCUGCUGUAUCUGAAGAAGAAAUUUCUUUCCGUGCUGGUGAUAUGCUAAACUUAGCUCUCAAAGAACAACAACCCAAAGUGCGUGGUUGGCUUCUGGCUAGUCUUGAUGGUCAAACAACAGGACUUAUACCUGCGAAUUAUGUCAAAAUUCUUGGUAAAAGAAGAGGUAGAAAAACGGUGGAAUCAAGUAAAAUUUCUAAGCAGCAACAAUCUUUUACCAACCCAACACUAAUUAAAGGAGCCACGGCUGCCAAUUCUUUGGAUGAACAGGAAGCUGCCUUUGAAUCUGUUUUUGUUGAAACUAAUAAGGUUCCGAGUGCACCUGAUUCCUCAGGGAAAAGUGGAGAUAAACAAGAUCUUUGAUAUCUUUCAUAUUUGAGUGCAGUUGAACAAUACUUUGGAAUUCUUUUUAAAAUUAUUUCUUAAAAAAAUUAAUCUUCAAUUGAAGGAAAAUAUUUGUUAUUAUCUAUUCCAGGUGUUUUGCUGCUAGAAAUUAUUAAAGUUCUAAAUGGGAAUUAUUAAAGUUCUAUGUAUUUUACACUAGUUGGUCGAGUGACCUGGUUAUACUUUACAAUUUAUUGGACCAUGAGGUGGGCUUUUAAGAUUAUGGAAAGCUGUCAUUUUCAUCAUAUUUAAAUCCUAAAUUUAUUUGAAAAAUAAGACUGAUGAAUUGUAGAAUGCAUGGUUUACAACAUAAGGAAUCAUUAGUGCUUCUAAAAGUUCUAGAUUAAUUGAAAUCUUUAGAAAUUGGGUGAUAACAAAUAUGAAAACAGGCAAAAAGGCUAAUGGUUUAUACUCUUAAGUAAACUGAAUAAUAAAAAUUUUCUGAUCUGUGUUUUAUCCAGUGUUAGGUUUACUUUAUGUAGUAGUAUGUUUUUACCCACAGUUGACGUUAUCUUUUCUUGUAUUUAUAAAAAUUCAACUUGAAAAGGUCAUUAGAAGCUUAAUGAAGGAAAUGGUUCUAGAAUGAUAGAGUAUAAUUCUUUAUCCUUUGCAAUACAACUAGUUUUCAUUCUGGACAAAUCAGAAGAUAUGAAAGAUUUACAUUUUUCUCCAACAAAGACUCAAGUCUUUUGAGUUUGUACUUAAUAAUAUGAUCAGUUCUAAUAGUAAUGAUUUUUAAUCUUUUCAUAUAGUCUCUGCUUCUACCUAGGGCAGAAAUUUCAUAUUCUGGAUGUUCAUUAACACUGAAAAUGUGUCAUAUUGACUAUGCAUUUCUUUUAGAUUUAGUUUUUACUCCUGAAACUAUAAAUAAAAUAUUCAUUUGCCAUUUAGAAUGUAAUAGUACUAUUUGUUUGUUUUAUGCUUAAUAAUGAUCUUAAACAAGUUUUAGUACACUGAAUAUUUCCCCAUAAAAUUGGAAAAUUCAUACACUUGCUGUGAUCAUACUACAGAUUAAUACUAUCAGGAAUAUAGGUAUGCAAGAAUACAUUUAUAAAUAUUGUCAAAAAUUUUUAUAAAAAUUGUGAUUUAGUAUUUUUAUCUUUCUUAUAGAUUUGUGUUUUUCAAACAAGUAACUCAAGAAUAGUUCAGAUUAAACUAUAUCUAUAUACCCAGAAUACAACUUUGCUAACAGCUUCUUAGGAAGCCCUUUUUUGAAAUGACAAUAUGGUAACAAACAUAUUAUUUAAAAUGGAAAUCUUUACCCUGUGCAGAAAAAAAUAAGUACAUGUAGUAAAAUUUAUUAUCUUAUACCUAUUUUUCUAAUAUAUACAUAUUAGCCCUCAAAUUAAAAAGGUAAAAGUUUCUCAUUGUUUUUCAUUUGUUUUACAAUUAAAGAUUCUUCUUUGAAUUGUUAAAGACUAAUUUAUGGAAAUUUUGUUCUUGAAGCACAUUUUUAAUAAAACAAAUUAUUAACAUUUGGUCUUGAGAUAUCUAAAUUGAAUGCUAGAAAUAAAUAAAUGUUUUGUCAGCAUUACUUAGGUUAGAAAAGUUGAGGAAUUAAGAUAAUAUUUGUGACAGCUGUUAAAGAUGUAUAAGGAAAGGAGUAUAGUACAAAAUGAAGGAAAACAAUUUCACCUUUCUUUGGUUAAGUACGCUAUACAGCAGGUGAUAUCUAACUUCUAACUUUGUUUAACAGUUCUCUUUCUAUUAAAACUCUAGAAGAGUGCUACUUUAUAGAAACCAAAUUUUAAGUUAAAUAAAUCAUAAGUCAUAGUAAGGAAACAAUUUUCUAAUUUAUCUGAUGACAUUUUAUUUAUUCGAGAAAGAAAAAAGUAACAAGGACUAUAAAUUUUCAUGUCAUUUAGGUAUUUGAUUUAGUCUGUCAGUGUAGCAAUUAAACAUUAACUUGAAGAGAGCUAUCCUUAUUUGGUGCUUUCUUUAAUGGAAAAAAGAGCAAAUUGCAGUUAAAUCUUUAUUUUACAGACUGUGAACUUUUACUAGAGAAAUAAAAAUAUAUUAAGCUUGA